AAUUUCCAAUUAGAAAGAGGGGACUGAUAAAGGAAUAUCACAAAUAUUCAAUAUGAAAGCAAUAUUUUGUUAUUAAAUUUGUGCAUUUGGAAGUGUGCUUUUUGGAGUGUCUUCUAAAAUGAAACGAAUAACAGUUCUGUUACUCUUCGCUUUUAUCAAUUUGAAUGUCAAAGUUUAUUGUGAUGAGAAUCCUAUUGUAACGAUAACACUCGGACAAAUAAAAGGCAGCACAUUGAAGUCUAGAUUAGGAAAGACUAUUUAUUCUUUCAGAGGAAUUCGUUAUGCAAAACCGCCUAUAAAUGACUUGAGAUUUCAGCUUCCAACUUUUUUCAACAAUCCCAAACGACCCGUAAUUGUUCACAUUCCUGGUGGUAGUUUUUUCAUCAAUGGAGCUGUUAGUACACAAGUGGGCCCUAAGUAUUUCAUGGAUCAGGAUAUAGUUCUAGUAAUUUUGAACCACAGACUAGCUUCUCUAGGCUUUCUGAGUACUGGAGAUAAAUUCGCUCCGGGUAAUAAUGGAUUUAAAGAUCAAGUGGUAGCACUCAAAUGGGUCAAAAAUAAUAUCGAACAUUUCGGAGGUGAUCCCAAUUCCGUCACUUUUUUUGGACACAGUUCCGGAAGUUGGUGUCCUGUAUUGCACAUGGUAUCUCCCAUGUCCCAAGGAAUUUGGAAGUGAUCCUAUUCUGGUAUGGGGACCGGUAAUUGAGGGAAAUUUUGGACAACAACGAUUUUUGACAGAUCACCCCAUACGUCUUAUCAUGAACGGACAAUUUCAGAAGGUACCUUUUAUUACUGGCCAAACCCACGACGAAGUAGGACUGAAAGCAUUUGAGGUGAUAGAUAAUGCAACUUUAACACAAGAAAUGAAUAACGAUUUUGAGAGGAUAGCGCCUAUUAGCUUCGUUUAUGAAAGAAAUACCGCCCAAUCAAGAAAAGUCACUAAGGCAAUCAAAUCGUUUUACUUGCAUGACAGACCUGUGGAUAAAUCUCAGCUGCUUAAUUUGGCAUAUAUCUACGACGAUACGAUACAGACUUUUGUGAAUAAUCGUGCAGCUAAACUGAUAUCGCAAUAUGGCGACAAACCUGUCUACUAUUACUGUUUCACGUUUCAAGGACGCUAUAGUAACUUCUACCUUCCUGGAAGCAACAAUACUAUACCAUGGGGUAACAUAAUAUUUUUUCUAAUUUUGAUAACAAGCUCUUACUUGAUUGGUUCUCUGAGUGUUGUUUGA